AGUGUCAGACCUGUCAUUUAGAUGCGAAUAUUCAGUAGGAAUAACUCUAAGCUUUCCAGUUUGAAUCUUUUGAAAUGUUAUCACCGCUCCUCUGUGUGUAUUUGGUUUCGGUCAUCCCGAUCCAAGUAAUGGAGGGGGUAUCACUUGUGACAGACGAAGUAAAGAAUGCUACAAAAAUGGAAGUUUCUGCCAGCGACAUUAAUAAUGUCGAAAUUUUCCGACAGCUUUUGAACCAAGAAACGCUUAUAAGGAUGACUUUAGUAAAAAAUGUACACGCUCUGAUGAAAGACAUGCUUACAUUGAAGCAGAGUUUAUCGAUUGCCGAAAACGGUCUCUCUAAUUUAAAGCAGACAACCGAACAGGAAAUAAAAACACUGAAGGAUGAAAAUAAACAACUGCUGCAGGACAAUCAGAAACUGAAAGGAAAGACCGAUGGUAUCAGUAAUCAAAGUAGUGAUAUCAUUAAAAACUUAGAAGAAAUCAGGAACGAUCGAAAACAAUUUCAACGCAGAUUUAGCGAGGAAAGGGAAAUAUUUGAGAAAAACAUGUCUCAAAUUUUAACAGAUACUAAAACUGAAGUUCGAUAUCUGUCAAUUACACUCUUUGAUUUGAACGAAAGUACCAGAGAAAUACGAAAAGAGAUUCCUGGACGCGUUGAAGAAAUGUACAAUAAUAUAUCUAAACGUUUGAACAAGUCUUUGAUGAAGGUUGAGGGCAAUUUAGUAGCAUCUAACAAGAAACAGGAACAUUUAAACAACACCAUAGCAGCCAUAGAGAAAGGAUAUUCUUUGAUGUCUUCAGAUGUCGAGGGUAGAAUAUAGCAUUUUUGUUCCUCUCUAAUUCACUUUAAGUGUGACAUCAUAUCCUAUUUCGCCCCAUAACUGACUCGAACUUCGUAAUAGCUCAUACACAAGUUUGGGGGAAGAAGUAUUUUGGAGUCAGCUAUGGCACAAAGCGUGAUAUGCAAAUAUUUAUUAGGUACCAGGGAUCUUUGUGUGUUCACAGGCCGAACGGAGUAGCUCUAUCUCGUUCAACCUGUAUAAAUGAAAGGCCAAAGACAAGGGAACGUUAACAAAACAAUAGACAAAUUGAGGGCAGAAUUAAGACAGAUGCAGUUUGAACAAUUGAAAUUGUCGGCCUCCGUGUCAUCCCUGGAGGUUUUCCGAAUUAACUUCUCCAGCAACAGUUGUGAUCAAAAGGGGAAAAUUGGUUUUACGGUUGGAAUGCCAUCUAGCAGUGGUAGCUGGAGCGGAAGCACGCUAGUGUUCUCAACAAUUCUCUACAACGAAGGAGAUGGAUACAAUUCAAAAACAGGGAUUUUCACUUCUCCUUCUGAGGGACAUUUCGUAUUCUUUCUUUCAGCACAAUCUUAUAAUAAAAAAUACGUAUAUUUCGAUAUUGUUCAUAAUGACAACGCCAAAGUGAAAACAAUGGCGUAUAUAACUGGAUCACCCUCCUUUAAUAUAUACCAGAACGCCGCAAACAUGGUUCUCCUUCAUCUACAGCGCGGUGAUAGGGUAUAUGUAAAAAGAAAUAGUGGAUCAGGAUAUUAUUCUCAAUCAGUUCCAAUCAUGACUUUCUCUGGUUUUCAGAUUUAUUAACCUUUUGUUAAUACUUGUAGACAGUAAUCCAACCGGAACCUGAGAAGCAUGAACACGUACAUGUCCCACUGUAUUAACUGUAUUAACUUCUUAUUUCCAAAAGUAACCUGAGCAUAUAUCUAUCUAUCUAUAUAUUGUUCUUUUUUUCAAAUUCAGCAGCACAGAUUUCUGUAUUUUUAGACACAUUUAAACAGCUUAAUGUUUUCAAAAUGCUAUUGUUUACAUUUCUAUUUUCAUAAUAUUGUUUAAAACAAUCUGACAUGACCCCCACAAAACCAUACGCAAAGGGAAGGGCAUUCGCAAGCUUUGAAUCAAGAGUGGUAAAAAAUAAGUUGAGAUAUUUUGCUAUAUCGACCGUGUCAGGACAUGUUUGACCAUCACUGUCUAAUAUGUCUUUCGAAUCUUCCCUUUUCUGGCUUCUGUAUCCCAAAUCUUUUAAAAGUAAACUAAGGUUAUUAUUUUCGUCUUUGCUCUCAUCUAUUUUCUCUGAAAUAUGGGCAGCUUUUGCUAUAUGCAUCUUUCUUUGGGCCAAAUUUCUUAACAAAAUUUUGAAUAAUCUUGACGAUUCUUGCUUUUCUCGAAAAACAUAUAAAACCUAUCUUUUUGAAAUUCUCUAACACACCCGAGCUCUGUUCCCUGUUUCAACCGUACUUCUUUUAGUGUAAUAUAAGUAUUCAAAAUAUUUGGAGAAAUUUCAGAAUCUAUCCCAAUUCGUAUAAACAGAAUUAAAUACCAUACUUGAGUUCUGGUUACUUUUCUCAAGCUCUUUCACAAAGUGGUCAGAAUUUAAAAAAUCAUCCACCUAAUUCUGACAGGAUUGUGCUUGUUUAUUUAACCUUUACAUAUUUUCCUUGUACAAUAUAUCAUAUCAUAGUCACUCAUGCCAAAAAGAAUUGUACCAGGCUGUACAAAUUUGUCUUUGUUACUCACAAAGAUAUGAUCUAUUAACGGCAUGCAUUUGUUUUUGCUCCUGUAGGAUUUUCCAUAAAUUGUAUAAAACCAAAUACAUUUAAAAUGCUUCUGUAAUUCCUAUGGUAUGCAUGCGAACUAUUUAAUAAAAGUAUAUCAAGAAUCAUACUACUCCUGAAGACAAAGUGUCUUCAUGAUGAUACAGUUAAUGUGUAGUAAUUAAUUAAUUUAGGAAAAAAUAGUUUUGCAAAACACAAUUACGAUUGCAAUUUUGAAAAAGAAAUCAAUAAUAUAUGAUGUUAUUAUACCAUGUAUGUAAUUGUAUUAUAUAAUAAUAUAUAUGCUUUGUACAUGCAUUGUAAUGCCUACAUGUAUGAUAUAUUAAGUGUCACGGAAUAAAGAAACUGAAACAUUU